CUGCUGCAUUCAAUUAAUAGGCUGUCACACCUUUUUCCAAAGGGGGGGGCAGCUUUAUUUGAUUUAUGACAGCCUUUCAUGACUGCUUUCAUCCUCAUCUUUUCAACACAUGCUGCUGCUGCUGCUGCUGUUUGUUUUCCCUCGCCGUUCCCUCGCCUGACUUGUCAAUGAGCCACUCCCUCUCACGCCAGCAAACAUCACGGGAGCGGACCUUGACCCCCAUCAGUGCAGAUUUUGCUAUUAAGCUCAGUCAAGGUGACAUUACGUCUUUAUUGUGCCCACAAGACACCGGAUGACUUGAGCCCAGCGUCGGGUUAGCAUGUAGUCGGCCGCAGGCGUGGAUUUAAAAGCAAGAUGCCAACCUUUUGGGAGUUCAGGGAAUCGCGUCCCCGAGCUUAUCAAGAGUUGUGAGUCGGAGCAACGCUGCUGUAAUGUGAUUAGAACAUCCGAAUGUGGACAAUACCUUCUUUAUCGAGGGGUUCCCAAAAUAGGCCGCAGAUUGAGUUGUAAGCUCCUGUGGUCUCCUGAUGCUGCGACACACAAAGCCACCCGCUGCUGACCUGCCGACCCAACACAUCACGAUAACACAUGGCUGAUGCGGCGAGGUUGAGAGCGCGGCUUGGAGCGUGAACCGUCUAGUCCCCGGAAUUACAUCACAUGGAGGUCAAAGGCCAUCUGAUCACGUCCAUGGGUUUGGUGGGAGCUCCAGAUGUCCAAGGGUGCCAGGACAGCAAGCUGCAGGCUGAGCGGGUUACGGCUCUGCAAGAGAGGAAGCGGGCCCUGGAGGCUCUGCUGAGCACCCGCGUGGAGGAGCUCAAACUCGUCUGUUUGCAGGAAGCAGAGCUGACUGGGAAGUUGCCGCAAGCUUUCCCUCUGGAGACGGGGGAGAAACCCCCGGGGGUGCAGCGCAGAGCUGGCCUGCCGCCCAACUGCAAGGCAGAAGAUGAAGCUUCCCAGAGAAGGCAGAUGAAAACAAUCUUCGGCGGUGCCCUGCACAGACACGCAGAGUCAGACAGAAACCUUCCAAACAGCAAAAGGACCGUUCAUCGGGGCUGUCACACAGAAGACAGCGUCAUGUCAGAGAGCACAAGCUCCAUGUCAGAUUCAACAUCUCAUGACAACGAGUCCUCCCCCAGUGUGGCCCCAGACCAGCGCUCGCUGUCCCAGCCUCGGCUCACUGUGGGUAGUCCUGACCACAGGAUCAGCAGGAAACUCUCUCCUGUAGAGAUUUACUACGAAAUGAGGACACGCCGCAACUCUGUUACAAGCUCUGUCAGCCCAACUCACUCUUUACCAAGAAGUGCAUCUAAUGUCGAAGGCCGAAGUGUUCCAGCUACGCCUCUCUUGGCCCGAACUGCACCCAUCAGUGUUCAUGUCAGGUCGGAUGUAUCUGGGGGCAGUGGCUUAAAGCAGUGGUCCGGCAGUCUGGACGUGCCAUACAUGAUACCGCUCGCCCAAGAGGGCUCCUCCUCUGAUCGUCGAGGUUGCCCAUACAACUCCAGGGCCAGGCGCAGUAACAGCUCGGAGGCUCUGCUCGAUCGCUCCAGUCUCCCAGACGAUCCAGCACCCAGAAAUGGAAUGCACCCAAAAGGAGGUCCCUACAAGAGCUCGGAGACGCUCACAGAUGGGAAACUGCGACACAUUCACCUCGGCAGCCCUGAGAAACACGUGGACGGAUCCGGAGAACAGGCCAAAAUGCGUCUGUCCAUGGGGGGCAGAGGUGCUGGGGCGGGCUACAACGAGCUGCUGAUGGACUAUAUCUGGGGAAAGCAGCAGAGGAUGCAAGCGCAGCAUCACCUCUUCCAGUCCACAGGCAGGAUCUGGCAGGACUUACCCUCUCACUGCUCCUCUACUGGAGGGGUGGUUCCCCAUACUAACGGUUUCUCCCAUUCCCAGGUGCACCUUCCAAGUGCCGCACCUCCUUACAGCCCCAUGGUGGGGCGAGGGUCUCAAGCUGAUAUGCGCAGGGUCAAAGUCACCAGAACCAAAUCCUGUGGGCCCUUUAUUCCUUUGCAGCAACACCCCCAGGACGCCAUCUUGCUGUCUGCGUACGAGUCGCACCUUCCUGCCUCCGGUUCCACCACAUCCUCCAUUCCCAACCUGCUCCCCUACCAGACUGAACUCUCUGGCCCCGCCUUCAGUCGAAGACCCCCGCAGUUCUCCCUUCCUACCCCAGAAGACUCGACACGAAGCCUCCACAAAGCCCUGGCUCUGGAGGGACUAAGGGACUGGUACCUGAGGAACGCGCUUGGAUAUCCUCCCAAGAGCCAGGAAGCAGGGAUUUCCCGUCUGUCACACCCCCAUCCUCUGGUGGCACAGGCCCAGACUGUCCAGGGUGAAGCCGCGAACCUCCACAGGCCUCAGAUGCCACAGUCAGCCAGCUUCCACGGGCACCCGCUGCACGGCAGAUCGAUGGAGCUGUCCCUCUAUCAGGAGACUCCUCACCCUCAAACACAAGAAGGGCCCCCCAAGGAAGCCAACGCAGAUCCAGGCACCCUUGUCUGACGCAGCAGAAGGAACACACACACACACACACACACACACACACACACGCUGUAGCUAGCACCAUGCAUUCAGCCUAAUACACACGAGUGGACACAACGAGACCUCAACAGUGAAACAAAACAUGGCAACCUCAGCAGAACAAGACUGAUGACAAAGUGUAGCAGUACAGAGUCUUUGAACACGGCGCUCCUUAAGCCGGUGAGCAUUUCCCGUACUAACAAUACGCUCAAGCUGUGCUACUUAUAUAUAAGUAUACUUAUAUAUAUAUUUUUGGUCCAACAUGAGCCGUAAGAUGACACAAAAAAAGUCUCCUGAGAUCUACUUUUUUACACAUUGAAAUGACUAUUUUCUAUCUCCUGGGAUAUAAACACUUACACUGAAGAAGAGUUGAAUCAUAUAUUGCUCAUUCAUCAUGUGUGUUGAACAAGUAUCGAUCCAUGCUAGGAGGGAUGUCCCGAUCCCAUCCGCCCUACUUUGGACAUCACAUAUUAACUGCUUCAUCACGAAAUCGCCAUGUCUGCCGUGUACCGUGGCGAACCUAGUUCCACGUUGGACGUGGGCCAUUGGGCUGUUGCUACAGCGGUAGUUCCCCCUCACUGUGCCCGGACUGCUGCGUCAUGGUGCGGGGAGCUCGAACGGGAAGUGCCGCUGUACAGUGGUGGGCGUGGCCACCCCUUUGGCCAUCCUGACAUUUCAGGUAUCAACUUAUUGCCACCCCUAUGUGAGUGAUGGUCUCACCUUGGCCACCCCAAUGAAACAUUUCUGGCUCCGCAGGUUGUUAUGCAAUUAUGCAAUUACUAUUGCGUUGAAGAGAGUGUGUUAAAAAAAAAAAAAGUCGUAUAUUCUAAAUCACACCACAAAUGGAUGUAUAACCAUGUCACAUGAUUAGUCCUACCCUAAAAGUAUUUUGCACGCCCAUUUCUUCCAAUUGGAUCUUUUAUUGGAUCUUUUAUUGGAUUAGGGAGCUGACUCUCAGAGGUUUGUUCCAAAGGCCAAACAAUAUUGUUGCUCAUACUGUGGAAUAAAAAAGUAGUAUUUGCUUGCAUUCUUUUUAAUACUUUGAAGAGCUAAUUUCGUUCCACAAAUUCAUGUUUGGAACAAAAGCUUAUUAUUAAAAAAAUAAAUAAAUAAAAAAAUUGGAUCGCAAGCCAAAAACGGUGGAUGGGGACAUCCCUGCACGCCAGCGUGUUCGUGCACGACUUUGAAAACAAGUGAGAAAAAGACCUCAUCUGCAUUUGAUUUGACAGCCAUUCAUGUUUGUCACUGAUGUGUCAGCUGAUACACGAAAUGUGUGAUUUGUGAACGGUGGCUAAGUGGCGUAGCAGACAGGAGCGCCUCGAUGUUUUUAAUCGAGCAAAACUAAACGUUGCUGAGAUGACUUCAGUGUGCUUUCUAAUGAUCUGUACUGCUCGUGUUGCGCCUCCGUAGGCUUAGUCAGGUGAAGAAGUGGACCAUGUCACUAAAAUUGGGGGUAUUUGGAAUGACGUCGGUCAUUGGCAUCGGUGCUGGCUGACAAAUGUAGCCACCCCCCCAUGGUAUUUUAUGGUUUCAGUGUCUCGUCCACACAGGAAACGGUAUCUUUUGAGUGGGGAAAUCUGUCAGCUUCCAGACUAGCAAAUCUGCUGCAAUGUAAAAAAAAAAACAAAACAAUGAUGUCACAGUCACGUGACCAGAAGUGAGCUUUCACGCCAAGCCGACAUAUCUUGAUAUUUCGAGUGUCAUGACUCACCACAGUCGACAUUCUCCUGGUAUUUUCUUGUCUUAUGCUCCCAAAAGGACGCGCAUGUAAAUUCCACGAGCCUUUAAACUUGCGCGCAUCCGCUCGUUCUUCUUCUACAGCUCGGUGUGUCACAUGGUUCCGCCCGCGUGUUUGUUGGCAGCGCCACACGAAGGUGCACCUUGUGUAUUGCAUGGUUUUCACUCAGCUACCCGUUCCCGUCUGGUCGCAGCGAUUUACUAACGUGGACGCGACUUUUUUUCAAAUCCCAAGAAGGUUCCCGUGUGGACAGAAGACGUUGAGGAACAACCUGAAGGCUGUGGUGAGAUCUACUGUGCUGCAGUAGCACAUGACCGUAUGGCAAGAAAUGGUGGUGUUUUUCUGAACGCAGCGGCAGGGAGGAUGCGACUGUCAUACGGAGCACUUUAUGAACAUCUUAAGCCUUAAAUUCCCUAUCAUUUGUCACCCAGAGAGAAGAGAGGCGGCGGUGUUGACAAGGAUCGCUAAAGGGACAAACAAAGCCUUGUUAACAUCUGCGGGACGCCUGUCUGAGUCUGUAUAUAGUGUGGAUUCUACUGAGCUUUUAUUCCCUUACUAACACUAUACAGUCAUUUUGAAAGGUAACCACAUGUAGUAAUAAUAAUAAACCAAGUCCGCACCCACUCAAGUGGCGCUGUUUGCUAUGAGAAGUGAGGCAUGAUCAGAAGAGGGCUGCGGUUCCGAAUGACGGCGUGAGCAGGCCUCACACCAGACUGUUUGUGAGAGUUCAUCAUUUUUUGGUUAUCAUUUGCAAUGAUUUUAGUAUUUCUACUCAUGUUGGUAUUAUUAUUAUGAUCAUUUUUUGGAUCUUAUUUCUAUAUUUGUAAUGAAAGUGCAACAUAAACCUCUGACAAUGUGAGUAUCAGAUGAAACGGUUGCACAUUUUGGGACAUUUUUAGUCGUCACACAUGAUGUUUGGACUCUUUUGAAUGUAUUUGUUGACACUCAUCCCGUAUGUCCGUGUGAUAUUUUCUACUCUGGUACAAAGUAUAGCACCCCGUGGAACUCUAUGGUUUCUUCUAAUCUUCUGACUUACACAGCUUUGGGUUUUCUGCCAAGACCAAACGUCUGUGCACUGGGGGUCAAAA